AUGUCAGGGGAAUUGGCAAUGGAUACCUCGGGCUACAAACAGGUCAACAUCAAGAAAUACUGCCACAAGUGGAGUAUGAGCAACUUCCGUUUUUACUUGGAGCAAACGCAGACCACAAACCUUAAAAGUCCCACUUUCUCAUCAGGCGCCAAUGACACACAUGAAUGGUGUUUGACAGUACACCUGAACGGGGUCGAUGAAGAAAGCAAAGAUUACUUGUCAGUUUACGUAGGGUUGCUCAGCUGUCCAAAGAGCCCAGUUUUUACAAAGUUCCAGCUAUGGAUCAUCAAUACAGAAGGAGAGAAAUCCCAAGAAAUGAAGAGCUCAAAAUUCUUCAGGUUUCUGCAAAACCAACACUGGGGAUUCAAAAGGUUCAUCCUGCGAGAUUUCCUCUUGUCCCAGGAGCCUUGGCUUCGCCCAGACGGCAAACUCACCCUCCUCUGCAAGUUGUCUGUGGUCGAAGACUCCUCUUCUGAAGGCACAAGGGCCCGGAUCCAGGUUCCAAGGUGCAAGAUGGCAGAUGAGCUGGGAGAGCUGUGGGAGAAUUCCCUCUUCACAGACUGCUGUGUGGUGGUAGCUGGCCAGGAAUUCCAGGCUCACAAGGCCAUCUUAGCAGCUCGCUCUCCAGUCUUCAGAGCCAUGUUUGAACAUGACAUGAAAGAGAGAAGAACCAACCGCGUUGAGAUCCGUGAUCUGGAGCCGCAAGUCUUCAAGGCAAUGAUGGGCUUCAUUUACACUGGGAAGGCUCCAGACCUCCACAGCAUGGCAGACGCUGUGCUGGCAGCUACUGACAAGUAUGGCCUGGAGCGUUUGAAGAUCAUGUGUGAGGAUGCCCUCUGCAGGGACCUCUCGGUGGAGAAUGCUGCCCACACUCUCAGUCUGGCUGACCUCCACAGUGCAGGGCAGCUGAAAACCCACGCACUGGAUUUCAUUACAGCUCAUGCUUCUAAGGUCUCUGAGACCUCAAGCUGGAAGGCGAUGGUGGGCUCAUAUCCCCACUUGGUGGCUGAAGCAUUCAGCUCCCUGGCUUUUGCUCACAGCUCUUUGCUGGAGCCCCCUCCCAAACGCUUGAGGCAAUCAUAG